AUGUCCUGGGGAGCGCAACUGUUCUGCAUUCGGACGCAGAACAGCCUUCCAAUUGCAAGACCGAACCUAGGAAUCGCAGAUAUCGAAAGCUCUGGUGAUCCGAAUAGCCGCAUUCUGCUCGAAUUCGUCGACGCCGAGCUAGAUAGAAUAUUCUUAUCGAUAAGCCCACCCAAUGGCGGCGCCCCAAUUCUUUUCAUUAUGGGUCCAACCAUUCUCGUCAGUCAGAACCCCAGACUCUCAGCAACAAUGGGGAAGAUCCCCUCCCCCCUGGCCCUCACGCCAGCCCUCCGCACAACCACCCUCCUCCGCCCGUCCUCAACGUCCUGCCUCCAGAUCAACCAGGUCCGCCACGCCACAUUCAUCCAGCGCCCCCGCCGCCCCUACACAUUCACCCAGCUCGUCCAGCUCUCCGACGGCUCCUCCUACAUCGCCCGCACCACCUCCCCCCAGCCCCUCUACGUCGCCACAAAGGACACCCGCAACACCCUGACCUGGCAGCCCUCGGAGAAGUCGCUCAGGAACGUCGAGCUCGACGAGGCCGGCAAGCUCGCCGCCUUCCGAGGGAGGUUCGGCACCGCCUUUGACGGCAAGCAGGACGGCGAGGAGGGUAGCGAGGGCAGCAAUGACCUCGCUGACGAUGGCUACGGCUCUUUGAUAUCUUCGUACGCCAACCAGGAUACGAGUGCGUUGAAGGAUGCUGCUCCUACGAAGAAGAAAUAA